GUCGACUAUUGUAAAAAAGUGAAAGUGUGUUGGUUAAAUUUUUAGACUGAGAUCUAGUCUAGCAUUAGCAAGAAUCUAGAUCUGGAUCUAGAUCUAGAGGUUAUAUUUAGUUAGGCCUAGAAUCUAGAUCUAGUCCUUGCGAACCAACUUGAUGAGAUAUGGAUCCCUCAUACAAACCUGGUUUGGUUUCUGCCACACUAUUUUCAAAAAAUAAAAUUUCUGAGACUCGUAACAAGACUUUGGAUAAUCUCUUCGCAGCAAAAAAAUCUAACAAGAUACUUGCUGGGACUUCACCUACUACUUCUGUAGCUUUUACUGCAACUUCUUCAAAAGCCGACAAAGCAGAUUUGAAUAAAGAAAAUGGAACUAAACCAGUAAAAAAGAAAAAGUUAAAAAAGAAGAAGAAAGCAAAUGCAGCUUUGGGUAUUCCCAUGAACUCAACUACAGUGCCAUUUGUCAGCACACAUCAGGCUUCUAUCCUGCAAAGGGAUUCUAAUGCAGGGAACAGAGUGGGAGUAAAGCGCAAGCUUCAAAAUGAUAAAACAGAUGACGAUGAAUUCGAAGGCAAACGUCCAAGGAGAGACAGAAAAAGAGACAAAAUGGCUGACAGUCGGACAAUAUUUGUUGGAAAUUGUCCUCUCUCAGCUGAUAAAAAGGUCCUGAAGAAAUUAUUUAAAGAAUAUGGAGAUAUAGAAACAAUUAGAUUUCGAUGUGCACCUGCAGCAGAACCAGAUCUACCCAGAAGAGCUAUCGUCAUCACGAAAAAUUUCCAUGAAAAGUGCAACAAUUAUGUAGCAUAUGUUGUUUUCAAAGAAGAAGAUUCUGCUAAAAAAGCAUUGGAAAGGAAUGGUUAUGUACUGGAUGGUUUGCACUUACGAGUUGAUAUAGCUGCCAUGUUUAAGAAGCAUGAUAAAAAAAGAUCAAUAUUUGUCGGAAAUUUGCCAUUUACCAUUACUGAAGAAGAAUUAAGAGACCAUUUUGAGGACUGUGGGGAAAUCAUCAACGUGAGAGUUGUACGAGACAGACAAACUAAUUUGGGGAAAGGCAUCUGCUAUGUACAGUUUGAGUCUAAAGAUUCUGUGAGCUUGGCGCUGAAGCUGAACAAAUCAGAACUCCAGGGCAGACCAAUCAGGGUGAUGGUGUGCACAAACAAGGAAAAGAAAAAAAAGCCAAAGAAAGUCUUGAAAGAUGAGGGACAGGAGGUGAAGAAACAGAAGUCAGAUGACAAGCCAAAGAGGAUUGCUUUUGCGCCUAGCAAUAUUUCUAAAGUCACAUUUAAGGCUAAAAUGCAGGCCAAAAAAGACAAGAGAUUCAGAAAAAUCAAGAAAAAAAAGGAGAAUUCCAAGAAAUCUGAUGGUCUGACAUCAAUAUUUGGACCAGUUGCCCCCAUCCCUACCAAAAGUAAAAUUAACAAGGCAAAAAGUGAAACAGGAAGUGGAAAAAAAUCUAAAAAGACCACAGGCGGACACAAAAAACUGCACCAGAAAGGGAGCUCAUUCAAGGGAAAAGGAAAAGGGGGGGAAGACUAAACGUUAUUUCAAAUAAAUCUUACUUUUUUGUUGAA